AUGAAAUCAGAAACCAGAAUUGUAGAAACAGCGCUGGGGACAGCGCUUGGCAGCGGCGGGUCCUGCGGGGCUCUCCCGGAGCGCCUUAUAUGGCGGGGGCGGGGGGCCCGGCUGCGGGCUGAGCCCGGCCCGGGCAGCGGGAACCCGCGGGGGGCAGGCUCCGUGUCCUUCUGGGGACACACGGAGCGGAGAGACGGGGAUCUCCGAGGAGACCCCAUCCCGCCAGAAGGGAGGACCGUAGCAACCUUCCCGGCCACGAAAGGUGACGCGGCCGUGAAGCGACCCGUUUGUCGCUCUGGGGGAACAGGGGACCCUCGUGAAACAGGAGCAGAGAACACAAAGCCCAUCUCACUGCCCCCACGCCAUCCCCCGCCUCCCGGGAGCCUGAGCAAGGACAGGCUGAUUAAUUCACCCGGGUCGCCCCGGCAAUCCCCGGGGCCGCUCCGCUCUGCCGCCGUCCUGCAAAGCCUCCGGCUGCAGCCCGGGGCCAGGAGGAGGAGGAGGAGGAGGAAGGGCAGCGCCCCGGCAGCAUUAGUCACAAGCACCGCCGUGACUGUGCUCCUGUCUGAGGCUGCAGGAAUGGAGCCAACAGCGAGAUCACCGGGCGCUGGCUUUUCCUGGGGCGUUCGCAGAAAUGUACAAAUACGGGGCCUGCCGGUUUCCAUAAACAACUUUCAGCACACAGUCAAUCAAUCACGCAGGCAAGCAAGCAGACCAGGAGCCUAGGAUGUAUACAAGGCAUAAAUAUAUAUGUAUAAACCCUGUCAAUUCUGGAGUAGUUACAAUUUUUUUUUUUUUCUAUAAGCCUAAGGGAAACCAUAUCUAGAAAGAUUCUGACAAGUCAGGAAAUCACAGUGGAAAAGUAGAAGGUAUUGUUAGGAAGUUAUGGUACAUUGUGUGUUUUAAUACCAGCAACAGAAAUAUUGGGAAACAGAAAGAAAAAAGUGUCUAAGCAAGUCAGAUUUAUAAAAACCAUAAAAUAUUAUGCUUACAGUCAGAGAGACAAUUUCAAAAAUAUGUGGCUGAAAACAUGAAGCCUGACCACUUUAAAAUACGAUGCAAUAGAUAUAUUUGUAAAGGACAUGAGUUUACCAGAUUUUCUAGUCAGCAAAGUGUUCUUUAUGUUGCAGUCAUUUCUAGUCUUAAUUUGAAACAUAUUUUGUGUCUAGGGAUAGGUCCUUGCAAAUACACUGUGUUGUUUUAUUCUGUUUUUU